UGGCACGCGCAUUACGCUCACCGUUGAGAGAACAAAUCCGCGCUCGCGCACGAAAAAUCCACUUGGUAGUAUAAAGAGACGACCGUUGUCGCUUUGCGCCACACGUUCCGCCCGCGUUAAGCAGCUUCUGUCGGCGGGUUUGAGAGCUCGGUGAGCCGCGGCGGUCCCUCGGUUCGAGCACACUCUGUCUGAGCGGAAGCGGCUCGGGGAGAAGAAAUGGAGAAUUCUCGCAGGAGUGCGGCGGCCGAGGCCGCGAAAUCGGGCAGCGCUCAGGCCGCCGCUGCUGCCUCGGAGGGGGCUGAAGCCAAAGACGGAGCUCCGCGGGAUCCCUCAGCGCCGAAACCCCACAGUCGUACGGUGGAGACGGUGAGGGGACAAGUUUUUGACGUGGGCCCUCGCUACACGAACCUAUCUUACAUUGGAGAGGGGGCAUACGGAAUGGUGUGCUCUGCCACGGACAACCUUGAGCUCAGUCGUGUGGCCAUCAAGAAAAUCAGCCCGUUUGAGCACCAGACGUACUGCCAGCGCACGCUGAGGGAGAUCAAGAUCCUGCUGCGUUUCAACCACGAGAACAUCAUCGGGAUCAAAGACAUCCUGAGGGCGCGCCACAUUGAGGACAUGAGAGAUGUCUACAUCGUGCAGACUCUGAUGGAGACGGACCUCUACAAGCUGCUGAAGACCCAGAAGCUGAGCAAUGACCACAUCUGCUACUUCCUCUAUCAGAUCCUAAGAGGACUCAAGUACAUCCACUCGGCCAACGUGCUGCACCGCGACCUCAAGCCCUCCAACCUGCUCAUCAACACCACCUGCGACCUCAAGAUCUGUGACUUUGGCCUGGCACGGAUAGCCGAUCCCGAACACGACCACACUGGUUUCUUGACAGAGUAUGUGGCCACUCGUUGGUACAGAGCUCCAGAGAUCAUGCUCAACUCGAAGGGCUAUUCAAAGUCCAUUGACAUUUGGUCAGUGGGCUGCAUCCUGGCUGAGAUGUUGUCCAACAAGCCAAUCUUUCCUGGGAAGCACUACUUGGACCAGCUCAACCACAUACUGGGCGUUCUUGGCUCACCAUCCCAAGAAGAUCUAAACUGCAUCAUUAACACAAAGGCAAGGAACUAUCUGCAGUCCCUCGCAGAAAGACCCAGGGUUCCCUGGGAUAAGCUCUACCCAAGGGCAGACCGGCAAGCCCUGGAUCUGUUGGACCGCAUGUUGACCUUUAAUCCCAACAAACGCAUCACUGUUGAAGAAGCCUUGGCUCAUCGUUACCUGGAGCAGUACUACGAUCCUUCAGAUGAGCCUGUGGCAGAGGAGCCCUUUACGUUCUCCAUGGAACUUGAUGAUCUUCCAAAAGACAAGCUGAAGGAAAUGAUCUUCAAGGAAACGGCUAAAUUCCAGGAGGUCGUAUUGAUACCUGUGAGACGCUGAAAAGUCGUUGGUGUGAGCUUCUCUUUAAAUAAGGCUUAAGCACUGAAACUGCACAAAGGCUUGAAACAAGAAGACCCCGAACGACACGCUUCAACAAAAGAAAACUGCAUCUUCAAGAAACCACAAUGUCAAAACAGGAAAUAUGAACAUUUAACAGCUUUUCUUUGCAUUCCUGCUGCAAGAGCUAAGUAUACAU